GAUACAGUCUAGCCAAGACAUUUGUCGAGCGACCUGACAAAAACCCGUCCUGGUUUGUGUUCCUUACAGUUUCUGGUAAAUCUGAUUUUAAUUUUAGUUUCUUCUAUGUUGAAGUAACCUGUAUCGUAUUGACGCAUGUACACCGAAAUUUAUCACGUUUGCGAAGCUGAAUUUGUUUUAAGUCCAGAUCAACACAUGGAAAUAUGAAGCCUCAGUUGGUUGGGGCGGAAUGGGAUGGAACAGGGGUCGAAGGUAACAGUUGUCGUGAGUAUUGUCAUAAGAAACAGGAUCGCUCUCUCUGUACGUCGGAUGUUUUAAUAAUUGCGAUCCCCACGGUUCAAACAUAUCCAACCACUCUUAAUGUUUCAAAUAGCAGAAUCCUACUCAAUCAUUGUCAAAUGGUCUAUGUUGGACUACCUUUACAACUACAUGAUACGGAAUCCUAUGAUAGUUACUUGGUUAUUUUUCGAAUGACAAGUUUAACAGUAACAAGUUUAUUCAGUUUUGAAACAGCUGCCGUACAUGAUUCCAAGAGUACAUUUCAUAUUACUAGGUACGACAAUAUGAUGUUCAUGUAUGACUCUAGUACUGUACAUCGUACCACCUUGUACGCUCUCAAAAUAAAUAUUAUCCUGUAUCCAAAUGUAUAUAAAAAGUCAACACCUAAGAACAACCAGCCCCGACUGUCCGCUGACUCCAAUGGGCGCUUAAGGCAAAACAGUGGUGAAAAUCACACGUAUGGACCACCAAAAUACCAGCAUGGCCCGCUCGACUGACAGCACCUGGCUCUUACACAACCUGCAUAAAAAACGUAAGUUUGCACAGUAGCGACCCUAGGCCUGCCACUCCAUAACAUACAAUAACGAGAGAGACAAGAAAGUCCAGUGACACGACAGCUGCCAAACAAAUUCGAAAUAUAAAAUCUCUUUUUGCCAUUCAAAGCUUGACUGCAAUCCCAAUUGCUUGAUCACUACCAAACCAGGGCUUGUCCGUUAUCAUAAAUGCAUUGAUGUUGAAGUGCGGCUCACAAGCCGUCUAUGCCUGUGACCUUAUACCCUUUUCAUUGUGUACGUAGGCGUUCGUAAGAGAUAACAGCUUCUAGCAUAUCGGUCAUGUCAUUGUGUAUCCUCCCUUGUUGUGGGUCUAUGGCUUCACACUUAAGGCAGGUGGUUUUACCUAAUUAAAGUUCAGGAUGACUCAAAGAUAAAAAGGUAAGUGGGGGUGGUGGAUGGAUGGAGGAUUAUUGAGACACGUUGUGAAUGGUUAACGAUUGACUACUUUCAUUUCAGGUUCAUUACAAUCGUUAAUGAAUGUUAAAAUGUUUCAUUACAUUCCUUAAAGCUGCCUCAACGAAUACUGUCGCCUCUCUGCGUCGCCAUGACCAACGUCGGACCAGAUCUGGACAUCACCAAGUACAAUUCUUGUACACGACGUAUGAACUGAAUGAGACCUGUGGCCAUAGGAGAGAAUGUGUGCAGAACGAGGUGGUUCAAGAUAAUGUCACUAACACAGCGUCGUGCAUGCAAGUAUACGUGUGUGUGGUUUCUUUACUUGUCCGAACUAAUGGCGAUUUGUAGUGUCAGCCCACUGAGAUACCAUACCUCAGUUUAACACGAUACCCCACUCAGACACAGUAUCCUCAUCCGAGUCGACCAGUCCUUGUUUUAUCCCUUAAGCGCCAGGCAGGGUACUAACAAAUGGAAUCUUUUAUCGUAUUUUGGUAUGACACAUGAUCAGAAUGAACCGGGAUUGGAACCCACAGUCAUAGGUUUCUUUCAAGCCUAAGGGACGUAACUCUACACAGCGAAUUGCGUCGACUUACACGACUGGGCCCCCUUGUCCCCAGUAUAUAAAAUGCUGUCUGUACACUGUACACUGUACAUGGACUUGGCGGAAGAACCUGGAUGGUCAAUGAUGAACAUCAACCCACGUGACGGGUAAUGAUGACACUCUUACUGUAUGUUCACCGAAUGAUCCGUGCAAUGCAGCUGUUGUGAUAGAUAACAGUGCAUCGUGUCCAUACUUCCUUGUAGGCCUCGUGACGUAACACCACGUGACACACACAGAGGGCGGGUGCAGAUACAGUCUAGCUCAGACUUGCCUUCCAGACAGUUGGCCUUUUUUCUUACAUUCUCACGUAUGACUGAAUGUACUUUUAGUUCCUUAUAUGUCGACGGUAUCUUACAGACGCAUGCACACCGAAACCAAUCACGUUUUCAAAGCUGAAUUUAAUUUGCAGCCUCGUUUGGUAGGGAGGGGAUAGGAUGGAGCCGUUGUCGGCACCCCUAAUCGUGAGUGUUGUCAUACCAACAGGAUUGCUUUCUCUGUACGUCUAAUGUUUUAAUAAUUGUGAUCUCCGAAGUUCAUGCAUGUCCAGUCACUUUGAGUAUUCUUUCAGUUUACGACAGCACAUUUCUAUGGUGGCCGCGAGUGGACUUUUCAGCUUCAAUUGCUGUCGCGACAAAACAAUAAGGUGGUAACGCGAGAUAAGAAAGUGAAAGCACGCGACGAGAAAGCGAUAACGCGAGACGACAAAGCGAAAGCGCGAGACGUGAAAGCGAUAGCGCAAGACGAGAAAGCGAAAGCGAAAGCGCGAGACGAGAAAGCGAAAGCAUGAGACGUGAAAGCGAUAGCGCAAGACGAGAAAGCGAAAGCGCGAGACGAGAAAGCGAAAGCGCGAGAUGAGAAAGCGAUAUGUAUCUGUAAUGCGUGAGAGAUAUGACAGUCGGUAUUGGGAGAAAAGGUGCAGGUAGUUGACUUGAGGAAUGUGACAAUAUGGUUUCUGUCAACCACCAUCAACUUCAACUGCAGAUGUUUAUAUACCAUUCCGCCUAGUGUAUGAUUAGUAAAUGGAGUGUGCUAAUGUCUCUUCCUCCAAUGCAUGUACCAUAGCCUAGUUAUGUUGUGUCAAAAUUAAAUUGUUUGCCAUUUUAAUAAAGACAUGAUAAAAAUGUGUUGCCUCAUGUUGAUACCUCGCAUUAAAGUGUUCUUGUACAUAACUUGUUAUGUUUUGUUUUGUUGUGGCUUCUACCUCUUGUAAUACAAAUAAACAAAAAAGACGAUGCCAAUUGCCUGAUGACAACAAUAUCCAGCGCUCACUAAACCAGGGCAGUUCAGUAUAAUAUGAGCAUUAGUUUAGUGACUCCGAGAUCAAGAAGGUAAGUGCAAGCGUGCGUUUGGAAUGGAUUUCGUGGGGAAUGAUUGAAGUGAAAGGUGAUUAUCGGUUGAUGUAUGAUAAAUGGUGAAUGUGUAUGUUUGAUAAUAAAGGAUGAACAAAUUAUGGUAUCAUCAAUAAUUUUUUAUUAUCUACUUUCAUUUCAGGUUAUAUACAAUCGUCCACCGAUGUUCAAAUGUUUCGUUAUUUUAUUUAAAGCUACAGGAACAUACGCACCUUCCUCCAACACUGUGACGGCUACAACGAGCCUGCCAACUACAUCAACCCCGACUACAACCCAAACUUCAUCCACUGCCUUGAGCCUGUCAACUACAUCAACCCCGACUACAACCCGAACUUCAUCCACUGCCUCGACAGCUACAACCAGACCACCCUACAAAGCUAUGACCGACGUCGGACUAGACCAGGACUGCACGAAUGCGCACUGUAGUGUAAUCCACAGCGCAUGUGUAAAGGAUGAGGCUGGGGACCGAAGAUGUGAAUGUGUGCAGAAUUAUUUGAAAACCGUGAAUGGGCAUUGUAAACAAGCUCCAGCCAUGCUGGUUGCCAAGGACACCCAUAACAUUACUGUGAAAGGCAGUCAACAUGCUGGAGACGUGUUUGGCAGUAUUCCCUUCAUCUCAUUGGCCGACUUCUCGAGGUCAGAGUUCAACAUUACCGUUCACAUCCUCCCAGCUGGAAGUGGCAUCAAGGCUCAGGUCACGCCCACGAACAUAACAUUGAAGUCAACGUCCAACACAGAAAACACACGGACAGACAUCGUGUUACAGAUCGACGCUCAUGUACAUUACAUACACAUAUCGCAGGUGGUAUCAGUGCAUAUUGUCUUUGAGGAAAUCACAAUCCAUACUCGGAUACUGCACUCCUUUCUCUAUGAAGGAACAAAGGCGGAAACUAUCAUUGGAGAUACCACAUUCACGUCGCGGUAUGGACAAUCUGGGUACAAACUCUCAAUUACUAGUAACGACAAAUCCGACAUUGUUGAAGCAUUGUUUUUGUUGCAAGAUUCUGGGCAAAUCGUACUAAAGAAGGACAUAGCCCUUCAAGGCUUGACAGGGUCUUCCCUUGUUGCAUCAAUAGAACUAUCGUUUCAAGUAAACCUAACCCGCGAUUCUGCAUCCGAAGCUGUGGUAUUAGCAGUUUAUCACAUUCUGAUACUUAACGAUGAGUAUCAUUACACUAUCGAUGAGAAUAAUAGUCCAAAUAAGGCCAUUAUGCGGAAUCAGCUUUUGGGUGAUCAUUCUUUUUUCAAAAUCGCGGCACCUGAUAUGUCUUCAGUAUUAAAAUUUCAAAAUAAUGAUGUCUUGGUAAGGGAACAACUCGAUUAUGAAAUAGUAUCGGACAGAGAAACUGAGUUUGAUCUUUAUGUAUCCACGAAUGACGCAGACGGAUCGAAGGACGUUCGAAUGUCUGGAAAACUGUUCGUGAAGAAUGUGAACGACGAACCGCCUCAUUUUGAAGAAACCCAAUUAUACCUCACCGUUCUGAGUGGUUCACCAAAGGGAACAAUUCUUGGUGUAAUACCUGUAAAAGAUCAGGACACACCUUUAUAUGGCUUAACACUUUCUAUCAAAGGACCAUACAGUGCAUACUUUAUAAUAGACAAUGGAGGUACACUGUCAAGUUCAACUGAUAUACAUAUUGGACCCUCGAAGUUUCCACACAAUUUCCAUUUUUUGGUUUCGGCUAGUGACGGCGAAUUGACAUCAGACAACGAUUGCAUUGUGGAUGUUACAAUCAGAGUGGCGAAUCAACACACGACUAAUCUAAACAUGUCAUUCCCCGCCACGUUGCCAGAAGAGUCUCUCCCUGGCACCUUUGUGGCUGAUGUCAGACAGAUUAAUUACACCAACUAUCAGUUUACAGAGCGUGAGGCUUACUCCUAUUUCCAUCUCAACAAAACAACGGGUAGUGUUACAACUGCGAGACGUCUUGAUAGGGAGAAGAGCACUGACGCCCACACUGACUUUGGCAUCAGCGGCCACAUGGAGGAUCAAGAUAUGUGCACCUUCAUUAUUAUUGGUGAACUCCAUACUACUCUGUCUGAUAUUAAUGACAACAGCCCAGUAUUUCAUUGUCCUGCCUGUGCGAGCGUUAAAGUCAAGGAAAAUGUUGAACCCGGAUACGUCUUGAUCGAGGGAAGUAUACAAGACGAUGACGAAGGCAAAAACGGACAGUCAAACUUUAUAAUCAAUGAAACGUCAGCCUUCACAAUAGAAACAAGUAAUGGAAAAUCGUUCAAAAUCCGAGUGAACACCACGCUUGACAGGGAGACAGUACCUGCAUAUUACUUAACCAUUUACGCCGUAGAUGGUGCAGCAGGCAGUGCAGUGCGGCAAACAAGUUCGACAUAUCUGAACAUAAAGGUGGAGGAUGUCAACGACAACCCUCCGGUUUUUACAACAACAACGACGUCCUUUCAUGUGCAGGAGAACCAAGGUGGCGUUCUUGUUACAACGCUAAACGCUACAGACAGAGACGCGGGGUUGAAUGGAAAGGUCUCCUUUCUAAUAAAAUCUGGUGGUCUUGGUUUCUUUAGUAUUAAUAAUGGAACGCUCAAAACGACCAAAGGUAUUGAUAGGGAAGCUUAUGCUUCUUUUGAUUUGAAUAUUGUAGCCUUUGACGCUGGAAGUCCUCAGCUGAGUACAUAUCGGAAUGUCACCAUCGACAUCAUAGACGUGAAUGAUAACGCUCCUGUGUUUCAUGGCAUCGAUGGCCAAGUGUUUCAAGUUGACGAAAAUACUGCAUGUUCGACGGAUAUUGUAACUGCUACUGCAACUGACUUAGAUACAGGGAACAAUGGUGUCAUCGUAUACAGUCUUGGAGGUAACGAUAGUCACAUGUUCUUAGUGGACAGCCACAACGGAGGUAUUAGGUGUAAGACGCCACUAGAUUAUGAAAGAAAAUCAGUGUAUAAGGAUUUAAUCCUUUUAGCCACCGACCAGGGACAACCGCCUCUAAAUUCAACAUCUGCUAUCACUGUGAAUGUCUUGGACGUCAACGACAACCCUCCGAUGUUCUCCAAGUCCAGCUACGAAGUUAAUGUUACGAACACUGCGACGAAAGGUAGCAUACCGCUUUUACUUCUCAGUGUACAUGAUGCUGAUUCAGGAGAGAAUGGAAAUGUGUCAUUAUCUGUUGCAAGUUCACAGUAUCCUAACCUAUUUACAGUUACUUCAAACCUCAUACGACUCACUACAUCACCGCAGCUUACAAACAAAGACUAUGUUUUCAACGUUAUUGCAAACGACGGCGGAACUCCUUCGUUGUCUGCUACGACCACGGUAACGGUGCACGUCGACCAAAGUGUAUCAAACGGACUAAAAUUCAAGGACACUGACUUCAGUCUUACUGCCAAAGAAAACAUUGACUACACAACGAAGGUUAUUGGAAAUGUCUCAGUAACGAAUUCUGGAGAAAGUCCUUUGACGUUCUCAAUAGAUGCUGAUUUCGGCAAAUCGAACUUUUCAGUAAACAGUGCAGGGGAUAUUUUCUUUGCUGGCACAUUUGACCGAGAGAUACAAGACUCGUACAACCUAAUUGUGAGAGUGACUCAACACGGUGCGGCUGAUGUAGCAGUGGUGCGUGUCCAUGUAGAUGAUGUCAACGACAACCCUCCGAUCUUCACUCUUCAAUCCGAUCAACUGAUCUUCAGCGAACCUGAGGACGUGAAUGUCGACACAGUCAUAUCGACUGUCACUGCCAGUGACAAGGAUGCGGGGGAAAACGGUCACGUGACAUAUUCCCUUCAUCCAGUAACAGAUUUUUCGAUACACCCAACCAAAGGCAAAUUAAAAGUAGCCAACGGCCUCGAUGCGGAUAAUCCCUCUCGUCGGUCUUACAAUAUAACAAUAACGGCGACGGACAAUGGUAUUCCAAGAAAAGGUGCAACUGUAACGGCAACAGUCCUUGUGACCGACGUCAACGACAACUCUCCAGUGUUCAGUUCACCGACGUACUCUUUCAGCGUAAAGGAAAACGCCGCUGUUAACUCUGAGGUGUCCACAAUACAAGCUACAGACGACGACUACAGCAAGGACACCAAUGGCUUGGUCAGCUACGAUAUGGCGACAUCAACACAGCCAUGCCCUUUCUUCAUUAAAGAAGUUUCAGAUCCAAACACUAACGAUGUACAGGGCAGCAUCCAGGUCAAGGAGACACUGGACUAUGAAAGUGUCAGGGCAUACACGUGUAUAGUCACGGCGCAUGACAACCCAGAACGGUCCAGUCAGAAGAGCAGCACAGCCACAGUCAACAUUGCUGUGGAGGAUGUUAACGAUAACGUCCCAUUUUUUCUGAACGAGCCCUACAUCGCCAAUGUCAGUCGAGAAGGCGCAGAGAAAACUUUCACUUUUAACGUCACCGCCGACGAUGUCGAUACGGAUGCAGUCAAUGGUCAAAUCCAAUACAGCCUAGCAGACGAUCUGAAGACAACCAAUCCGCUUUUCAAGAUCGAUCCGUUCACGGGGACUGUGUCAGUUGUGGACUCCCUUGCAACUGUUCCUGAUUUUUUUAAUUUGACCAUAACAGCCAAAGAUACCAAGCAUAGCAACAGCACAACACUCACCAUUUACAUCAUGGACAAUAAUCAGAGGCCAAUGUUUAUAAAGCCAAAGUACACCAUCAGUAUCGUCGAGGAAAGGGAGAUCCUCAAGCCACUUAUCCUCACCAAAGUGACAGCGAAAGACGAUAACAAGCCAACCUGUAACUGCACGUAUGAAAUAGGUAGGACGCAGCAGGUGCCCCAAGUUAUUGUGAUAGCGCUUGGUGACUUAAGGUCAACCUGCAACUCUACGUAUGAAAUAGGUAAGACACAACAGGUGCCCGAUGUCGGUGUGAUAGCGCUUGGUGACUUUAGGUCACCCUAUAACUGCACGUAUGAAAUAGGUAAGACACAACAGGAGCCCGAUGUCGGUAUGAUAGCGCUUGGUGACUUUAGGUCACCCUAUAACUGCAUGUAUGAAAUAGGUAAGACACAACAGGUGCCCGAUGUCGGUGUGAUAGCGCUUGAUGACUUUAGGUCAUUCUGUAACUGCACGUAUGAAAUAGGUAAGACACAACAGGAGCCCGAUGUCGGUGUGAUAGCGCUUGAUGACUUUAGGUCAAUCUGCAACUGCACGUAUGAAAUAGGUAAGACACAACAGGAGCCCGAUGUCGGUGUGAUAGCGCUUGAUGACUUUAGGUCAUUCUGCAACUGCAUGUAUGAAAUUGGUAAGACACAACAGGAGCCCGAUGUCGGUGUGAUAGCGCUUGAUGACUUCAGGUCAACCUGUAACUGCAUGUAUGAAAUAGGUAAGACACAACAGGAGCCCGAUGUCGGUGUGAUAGCGCUUGAUGACUUUAGGUCAUUCUGCAACUGCACGUAUGAAAUUGGUAAGACACAACAGGAGCCCGAUGUCGGUGUGAUAGCGCUUGAUGACUUUAGGUCAUUCUGUAACUGCACGUAUGAAAUUGGUAAGACACAACAGGAGCCCGAUGUCGGUGUGAUAGCGCUUGAUGACUUUAGGUCAACCUGUAACUGCAUGUAUGAAAUAGGUAAGACACAACAGGAGCCCGAUGUCGGUGUGAUAGCGCUUGAUGACUUUAGGACAACCUGUAACUGCACGUAUGAAAUAGGUAAGACACAACAGGAGCCCGAUGUCGGUGUGAUAGCGCUUGGUGACUUUAGGUCACCCUAUAACUGCACGUAUGAAAUAGGUAAGACACAACAGGAGCCCGAUGUCGGUGUGAUAGCGCUUGAUGACUUUAGGUCAACCUGUAACUGCACGUAUGACAUAGGUAAGACACAACAGGUGCCCGAUGUCGGUGUGAUAGCGCUUGAUGACUUUAGGUCAACCUGUAACUGCACGUAUGAAAUUGGUAAGACACAACAGGAGCCCGAUGUCGGUGUGAUAGCGCUUGAUGACUUUAGGUCAAUCUGCAACUGCACGUAUGAAAUUGGUAAGACACAACAGGAGCCCGAUGUCGGUGUGAUAGCGCUUGAUGACUUUAGGUCAUUCUGCAACUGCACGUAUGAAAUUGGUAAGACACAACAGGAGCCCGAUGUCGGUGUGAUAGCGCUUGAUGACUUUAGGUCAACCUGUAACUGCACGUAUGAAAUUGAUGGUUCAGAAUAUUUUACUAUGGAUAAAACGACCGGAAGCGUCCUUCAGGUAAAGUCUGUGGACAGAGAAACAACGGGUAAUAAUAUAACGCUACAUAUCACAGCCACUGACCACGGGUCUCCUCCAAAGUCUACCGCUACGUUGCUUGUGAUCAACAUCGUUGACAUCAACGACAAUGCCCCAUUCCUCAAGUCCCAGAACUUUACAGUUUCCCAGAAGGCACCGAUCAACACAGUAAUCAGCCACGUAGCUUAUACAGACGAGGAUGAACCGUCAACAUCACGUCCACGUUUCACCACUAUGUUCAACACCAACAACAGCAUACGACUCCGUGAAGAUGGAGCGCUGGUUGUAACUCGAUCUCUUUGGAACCCUGAGAUGGAGAGUUAUGAUAUUACGAUUGUGACGCAGGUUCUGGACAGGAAGAAUGUCAUCCAAGCGCUCCCCGAACACAGGAACUACACUGCAGAAAAGGAACAUAAAAAUACAGCCUCGGUCAUCAUCACUAUACACCAGAAAAACAACACAUAUGCUCCACAGUUUACACGAGGUACAUAUACCACGGAGCUCUCCACUACAGCCAGGAGCUCCCAAGAGGUUCCAGUACCAGGAUUCAAGGCAGUAGACAAGGACGGCGACAACAUUACAUAUGCCAUACUUUCCGGCAACUUCAGGGAUACUUUCAGGAUAAAUAAUGUAACUGGUGCAAUCACGUUGACGUACGACAUAGAUGUUCAUGUUCCUCAUGUCAUAAGCCUCACUAUCAAAGCAACUGAUGACGCCGAAGUGUUUAAGACAGGAACGUGUUUGGUUCAGAUUACACUUGAAGGCUCAUCAAGCAGGCAAUGUUAUUCUCCCUCUGAGCUGAGCCAACAGGUCGCGUCCAACACAUCGCCACAGACACAGUUCAUUGCUCCCCUUGGUGUUACGGCGGGCCUGUUGGCCCUAGCGAUCAUCGUAUGCCUUGUCCUCAUCGUCAAACUUCGUCUGAAAAAAAGAAACGACACAUCUGUAACGAAUGCAACAACGAACCAGACCAACUACAGCAACUUAUCUAAAGCCAGAGAAACUCCCGAACCUUACGAGCCGCUUGCUGAUCCAAAUCGAUUUUCGGAGGAGCCAGUGAGCAAUCCAGGAUAUAUUUCACACGACAGGAGUAGGACGAGUGCAUGCGCACAACCGCCUCCACCCCCAUGUGAACCCAGCCCAGUCAGCGAUGAACAGCGGAGAGGACCAUAUAGACGCGGUGAUGGGGGUAGAAGCUAUGACGAUCUUGAGAGGAGUCGCUUACCACGAUAUCAGCCCCAGAGGACAAUGAAUAAUAUUUAUCUCUUGAUUUGGUUCUCACUUCCAUUAUUGGUCCCAUGUGGUAACUAUCAAGAACAGGAUGAACAGAUUUUCUGGCCAAGUUCAAUAUUUAUAUCCAGAAGUGGAUUUCAAAGAAGACAAUCAGAAGACACGAAGGACAAUUCACCUGGUGUGCCAGUUUUAAACGGAUACCACAUUAAGCAACACAAACGUCAGUAUUAUGACGGCAAGAAGGACUUGCAUAAACGUUUUAUGAAUCUGUCGCCGAACAGGACUACCAUACCCCCAUGUGCUUCUGUUCUACAAUUCAAUGCAUCUCGAAAUACAUCUCAUUAUUUCAACAAUACCUGCAACAAUGUGUUUGGUCAUGGCAACUCGAGUUUACAGAUUGUCCUUGCACCCGGGCUAAUGGAGCCACUGCUGAGACUGCAGAUGUCUCAAGAUGGAAGGAAGCUGUUGGCGAGCUUGUCUUACAUGUUCAGGAAUCUAAGCGAGAAGGACGUAAACAUGAUAUCUUCCAUUCUGCCUCGGGCCAAUCCGUAUAUAGCCCCAGGGGGAGGCUUCAUCCGACUCGUGCACAGUUUAUGGGCAUCCGGAGAUGGAAAACAAUUCAUCCUCAGGAUGGUGCGGAAUCUCAACAACAUCACAUCCCGCCAAAUCUCAACUGUACUGAAUCUCAUGUCUUCACAGAGAACGUCAACACGGCUUUCAGUGUUCACAUAUUUCCUGUCGGACAAAGCCGGACAUGAUCUAGUGAAUGGUAUCUUUGGUAGAAACGUCAGUGACAGUCUUCUAAAGUAUGUGUCUUUCAUAUCCCAACUGCACAACAACACUCGACUUAGCAUUUUCAACGAUAUUGUUUCACCUGGAAGCCAUCUUAAUACAAUAUUAAUGGAUAAAAUCAGACAUAACAUGACAUUUGAUGUCACAAGAGGCAUGCAAAACUGUUCCUGUAAAAACAAUGUCAACGUAAAGCCUCCUGAAGCAGCGCUUGGACAAUCCUGUGAACAUUCAAAAUGUCAAGUGAAACACAGUGUCUGCUGUCGAGGCAAUGAUGGGAUUUUGUCCUGCAUUUGUUUGUCGGGAUACCUCAGAGCAGUCAAUGGAACAUGCAUUACUGCACCAACGAAAGUAUUGGAAGAGAGUGUGCAUGAAUAUUGGAUCCACCCCAAUGCCCAGUUAGGAACACUCGUGGCGACAUUCAGUCUCCUCUCUCUCCCUGGAAUACUACACGAUCUUCAAGUCUCCGUCGACGUCGUUCCCCGAGGUAGUGGUAUAUCAGCCGUCGUCAACCAAAGCAACAUCUCCUUGGUCCUCGUGUCGUCACCACGUUACAAGAACAUUAUGAUACACGUUACAGCUUCAACAGGAUACACUCACAUCCAUCAAGUACUACCAGUGCGGAUUUCUACACUGGUCGACUCUAAACCUAAAACUGUCAACUUCUUUGUCCUGGAUGGUACGCGGAAUGGGACACUAGUUGCGGAUAUCAUCUCGGAAGUUUUCAGCCAGGAUUAUCCGUAUUUUAACAUAACCAACAGCUAUCCGGGUCAGAUUGCUAACAUUCUGUUCACUUUAUCACAACGUGGGCAGUUGCUUUUGACACGAGACGUGGAUUUGUAUUUGCUAAGUGGGGAUGACAGCAUAUGCUCUCUUGAGCUGUUCUUUAAAGUCACAGCUUGGGACAAAAGGUCAACCCGAUCUGUGGUACUGGCGAAGGUUCACAUUCUUAUCAUCAAGAAUUCAUUUAAUUACUCUGUAGAAGAGAAUCUUCUCAAUAUACCUGUGUUGAAGAACUCAUUACGGCCAUUCAGUCAACCUCAGUUCAACGUUUGUAUAUCUGAUCUUAAUAAGGUGUUUACGUACGAAAAUGAAACUGUAAUACUUCGAGAAUAUUUGGACUUUGAAAACCCUCAUCAUCACGAUCUUCAAUUUUCAGUCAGGAUACGGACCCUAGAUGGGCUACGAGAAACGUCCAUUUCAGCAAAUAUUCAUGUUCAGAAUGUAAAUGAUGAACCCCCAGUAUUUAUACUUCCAGUGUAUAGUUUCAGUAUGCGCAAAGGUUCUCCAAGAGGAAGCAUAGUCGGUAUUGUCAAGGCCACUGAUCCAGAUACGCCCGAACAACACCUAUCAUAUACCCUGCAUGGGAAGGACAGACAGCUUUUUAGAAUCGGAGCUGAUGGGGCGAUAAGUGUUGAUGUCCUCAGUAAUCUGAGCAGUGGUUUUAAUUUGACGGUGUCAGUGUCAGAUGGGGUGAGUCGGUCAGUUCGUGAUAGUGUAGUGAAAGUGACCGUUGUAACACAGAAUAUUCCGAUGAAAAACCUUCGUCUGAUGUUUGAUUUGCAUAUACCAGAACAUUCCCCUAGAGGCAUUCAAGUAGCAAGUCUGAAGACAUACUCUUCAGCCAUUUCUAAUUACACAGACUAUCAUAUUCUAGAGGCACAGAACACAUUCAGGAUAGACGGGAACACAGGCAGUAUCUCCAUCAUACAGGAUCUCGACAGGGAAGCCGGACAUCACGUGCAAACAUUCACAGUCAUGGGCGUGGAGCGAGAUACCACGCACUGUGGAUUGGUGAUUCUUGGGACGCUACGUGUAGUAAUAGAUGACAUCAAUGACCACACUCCUCAGUUUGACUCCAGUUCAUAUGACAUUUAUUUAUUGGAAAACGAUGCUUCAGCGAUUGGCAAAGUUGUGCUAAAGGUUACGAUCUUUGAUCCCGAUGAGGGCCAAAAUGGAACAUCACAUUUUUCUUUGUUUGGCCAAAACCGGAACAGUUUUCGCGUGGACACAACCGAUGGCAAAACUGCAAACAUUAGCCCAAAUACGACAUUUGACAGAGAAACAAUCCAAGAUUUUGUUCUUAAUCUCGUGGCCAAGGAUGGCGACAGGAACAGAUCAAGUGGAAAUACAAGCUUCGCCUCCAUCAAGGUCCACGUGAUCGACAUCAACGACAAUGCCCCAGAAUUUGACAGCGACAGUGGAACUCAUUUAACUAUUCGAGAAAAUGCAGACACGUGUUGUUCAGAGAGCAUAAGCGCUACCGAUGAGGACUCAGGUGCAAAUGGAAACGUGUCUUUCAUUGUAGUAAGCGGAAAAGGGUAUUUUGAGAUAGGGCAGCAAACUGGCGUUCUUUGUACAACAGAGAAGCUGGACAGAGAGGUUUACGGAAGUAUUAAUAUCUCACUUGAAGCAUUCGAUCACGGUGAACCGCAACUUAAGUCAUUACGAAACUUUACGGUCAGCGUGCUUGAUGAGAACGAUAACGCACCAAGAUUUAAAAAUAACCUUCCUAUUAUUACAACAUAUCCGGAAAAUAAGACGUGCAAAUCUCUAAACAUUACUAUAAUGGCAGAAGAUGCCGAUAUAAACAAGACAGUAACCUACAACUUGUCAAGUAAAUUUUUCAAGAUCAACAGCUCCACUGGAGAUAUUUGGUGUAAACAGCCCCUGGAUUUCGAAGCUCAGAUGAAGCACACCUUGACCGUCUUUGCUGUGGAUUCGGGGAAGCCUGUGAGAAGUGCGUCCACGAUUGUUGUCGUCGAUGUACAAGAUGUCAACGAUAACAAACCUAUUUUCUCUAAAUCUGUGUUUGAAAUAUGGUUUUUGAAAUCUCACUGGGCUGCUAACAAGCCAGUGCUUGUGCUUGAUGUCUCAGACGCCGAUUCUGGAAAAUAUGGAGAAAUCACAUUUUAUACACACAGUCAGAACCUUUCUCAGUAUUUCACAGUUGCUGGUAAUGUUGUUCGCACAGUAAGUUCACAGGCACCUUCUGUUGGUAACUACACAUUUAACGUCACAGCUAAGGACGGAGGGUCCCCACCAAACUCAGCGACAGCGCAAGUAGUAAUACACUUAUUGACUAUACAAACGUCUUUGCUCAAUUCGUCUCGCCCACGUCCGGUUCUAAUAGGUUAUCCGCACAAUGAGGUCCCCUUCACUGUUAUUGAGAACAGAAACUACUCAACAAAGGCAAUAGGUAUGAUCAAUACAAACGUAAAUCCUGUGCAGAAGAUCACAUACACACUUGUGGAAACAAGUGGACCAUUCAUAUUGAACGCAAGCACGGGAAGUUUAUUUUACAGAGACCAGUUUGACCGAGAGAAGAAAUCUCUUCAUCAGCUGAUGAUCAGAGCCCAAUUGACGAAUGGAAGUGAUUACGAUCUUGCUCUUGUAAAUAUCAGUGUUAGUGACGUCAAUGACAACAAACCACGUUUCCAAACAGACAACCACCAACAAGUCUAUCUGAAAGAGAGUGUAGCAAUAGACACUGAAGUGAUUGUUGUUAAUACCACCGACCCUGAUGCCGGAGCCAACGGCAAUGUGACCUACACGCUGUCACCUCAUGCAGACUUUACAAUCGGAGAGCAGACUGGAAUUGUGAGAGUAGCCCGGAUGUUGGAUGUUGAUUCUGGAAAUAGCAGUGUUCGUCUUCUGCGGGUUACAGCCAGUGAUCAGGGAGAUCCGCCACUGACGUCGUCGACAACAUUACACAUCGUCCUCGUGGACGUCAAUGACAACGCUCCUGAAUUUACCCAACACAGAUACACCUUUCAUGUGAAGGAAAAUGCUGAAGUUAAUGAGAAGGUACAUGGGAGUAUUCCUUUGAGGGCGUACGACAGAGAUUUAGACCAUUCUACGAACGGACAUGUGAUUUACAACAGGACUAUGGUUGCUGUUGGAGAACGAGGAAACUGCCCCUUCUACGUAUCAGAAAAUGGCGAUAUCGGUGUAAAUAGUAAACUCGACUAUGAGACAAAACGAAACUACUGCUGCAUCGCGACAGCCUCCGAUAGUCCAGUCUACGGUAACAGCAUGAAUGCCAGAACCUUCGUAAAUAUCUACGUGGAUGACGUCAACGACAAUGCACCUGAAUUUAAGAAUAUUCCUUAUACAGUCAACAUCAGUCAUGAUGCUGCAGUGGGCUCCGUAGUUACUGACGCCGUAGUAGCCAUCGACAGCGAUACCGCUGGGAACGGGGUCGUCACGUACUCCCUUAUCAAUGCAUACAAAAUGAAUUUCAGCAUUGACGCAUCUACCGGGAUAAUAACCGUCAAGCAUCCUCUGUGGUCCUUGCCUCCAACAGUGACACUGACUGUUCUCGCAGUAGAUAUGCCACAGUCCGACACUCCAUUGAACACCUCCGCAAACGUGGUUAUAAGCAUUUUCGGCAACCCUCGGCCUCGAUUUCUGAAACAUCGAUAUGAUGCUACAGUCAAAGAGGAGGCUGAGCCAUUGAAUGACAUCGUGCAGGUAGUUACAACAGGGCAUCUCCACAUCCAGGGCAACGCCAGCACACAGGAAUACAACUACACACUACAGGCCGGAGAGUUCUCCGACUACUUCCGAAUCAACAACAGCAACGGCAUGGUGAGUCAGACGCGGCCGGUAGACCGGGAGGUGACGGGGGGCAUGAUGCUGCUGUACGUCACAGUGAGUGAGGGCGUGUCUCUGACCAGGAGGGACACCGCCGUCAUCAACGUCACUGUAGAUGACAUCAAUGACAACGUGCCCGUAUUCACACCGGCGCAACAGAUACAGACAUUUGUCACCACCCAGACAACUCAUGUGGGUCACGUGAUUGGCCGUGUUGCAUCCUACGACAACGACGACCCAGCAAUGUCUUCUGCCGUGUACAGACCGGUCAUAGCCAAUAGGUGCAUCUCUGUAGACACCUCCGGUCAACUUACAGUUAGAGAACCUUUGGUCAAGGAAGGAGUUGAGGUCUACACAAUACAGCUGAUGGUGAGCGUGUCUGAUGGCUCCAUCCUCCAUGGCGUGUCCAACAUUACCCGGCUUACUCAGCAAAACACGUCCGCUCUGAUUAUAAUUCACGUCAAGCAGUUGCAAAACUCUCAUGCACCAACAUUCACACAAGAUUUAUACGAGGCAAACAUCUCGUCAACAUCCCGUCAGCACACAACGAUUCUCAUCCCAGAGUUCAACGCAACUGACGGAGACGGCGAUAACAUUACAUAUUCCAUUGUAUCUGGCAACGUCAGGGAUUUAUUCCAUGUAGACAGAGCGUCUGGAGUUCUUUCCCUCCAGUAUGACGUUGACAGUACAAUUCCUCCCGUUAUGAACCUCACUGUAGAAGCGGUGGACAGCGGAUUUGUAUCGAAAUCCAGCACGUGUGUCAUCAUCAUCAGACAGGAAGGCUCUGACGCCAGACAGUGCUACUCCUCAAAUGAAUUAAAUCUCCAGAUUCAGACUGAGAUAAACAAGGUGUAUCCGGUCGUCGUUGGUGUGGUCGCUGGCCUACUGGUUGCUGCUGUUGUUGUAGCCAUUGUGUUGGCUGUUAAACUGUGCAUGUCACGGAAGUUACUGAGUCAGCUAUAUUGCACCAACACCGUGCUCUCAUCGACGGUGGAUCAGAAUGGACAGCGCAUGCGGUAUGCAAGGUCAAGUGUUGACCGGGACUACAGAGAGGCACGGCCGUACACUAGUAUUGAUGAUCUGAGUGAAGUUUUUUACAUUGAUUAUGGUUCCCUAAGCAAGACGGGUGGUACUCAGCGAAGUCACACGUACAGUGCCGCUGAUCCAGACUACGAGUCGAUCCAGAACGACGCAAGUGACAGAUACAAGGGACAUCUGUAGGGUGUUCCACGUACAUUUAAGAACAUCUCUGGAACAUUUGGCAGUGUGUGCGGCAGCACCGCGUGUGCAAACAGGACGUUGUAUACUAGGGGUAGCCUCAUAAUAAUAUACUACGGGAUACCUUGAUCGUAGACUUCUGGAAACGUACAUGGAGGGAUUAUCUCGCUUUAAUUUGUUUGGCAUCACCCAGAACUGGCAGCUGACAAAUCAUUUUCAGAAUCAGAAUCAGAAUCAGUUUAUUCUCAGAAACCACAAAAGGUGGUACAAGAGCAUAUUACAAUAUAUAAUUAUGCAUAUGUACAAAAAGCAGACAAGAUGGCAAUUAAUAUCAACAUGUGAUUACCUAGCAUUUUUAAUACUAAUGGACAUUUUUACAAUAAAUCUCGAAUAAAUUUUUUUA